CAUAAGUACAAAUUUGGAUUCUUCUCCACACAAGAUAACUAUUGUCAUAAACCAUGAAGAUCACAUCAUUCCUCUUCCUCUUCCUCUUCCUCCGAACCAACGCCCAAAACCCCUCCGACGCCGCCCAACGAUCCACUUCCGACGCCAUCAGCAACUUCCAACCCAGCCUCGCCGUCGUCAUCUCCAUGCUCGCCGUCAUGUUCUCCCUCACUCUCUUCAUCCUCCUCUACGCCAAGCUCUGCCACCACCCCUCCACCACCACCACCACCACCGCCGCAGCCGCAGCCCUCCCCCUCUCCGCCCCCGGCCUCGAAAAAUCCCUCAUCGAAUCCCUUCCCUUCUUCCGCUUCUCCUCCCUCCUCGGCUCCCGUGCGGGCCUGGAAUGCGCCGUCUGCCUCGCCAAAUUCGACGACGCGGACGUCCUCCGCCUCCUCCCCAAAUGCAACCACGCCUUCCACAUCGCCUGCAUCGACCAGUGGCUCGAGAAAAACUCCACCUGCCCCCUCUGCCGCCGCCACGUCACCGCCGGCGACCUCUCCGCCAGUCUCCGAUUCCUGCAGAAUCCGGCGCCUGCCCCGGAUUCCAAUCUCGAGCUCUACGUGGAGAGAGAGGAGAGCCGCCAUGGAUCCUCCAGAUUCUGCAUUGACGAGGAGGAGGAAGAGACGCCGAUGCAUAGAUUGAACCACAAGAUUGUGGUGCUGAAGAGCCGGUGGAGCAACGUGAGCUCCUCGGACAUCAUGCUGCUCAACUCGGCGGAGGGGGAGGAGAGAAAAUUAGGGCUUGAAUCGGGCUCGCGAAAUCCUGAUGAAAAGAGAUCCAUGUCGGAAAUCGUGGUUCAUCCAAGAUUCCAUGAAGAAGUUAAUGUGAGGGAGGAGACAAGGAGAAGGAUUUGGCUCCCGAUUGCAAGAAAAACAGUGGAGUGGUUUGCAAGUAGAGAGAUAAGAUCAUCUCCACAGCCUCAACAAUUCAGGUCAUCAUAAUUUACCACCACUAUAUAUACAUGAAGAUUCUCCUAGGAUAUGUUGUUUUAGUUUUACUGUUUGUUUCUCACAUAAGAUAUACGUACCAUUUUUUACAUGAAAGAGUCAACGGAACCUCCAAAUACAUUAGCAUUUUUAUUUGUUAAAUAGUGUUAGGCAUAGCUGAUUAUAAAGUGGAGUAUUUUCUUUUUAAG